GUAUUACAGAAUCUAGGAAAGGCUGAAAGAACAACAGAUGAGCAAUUUGAUGAACUAGUGAUAAAAAUAGAAAGACAACAAGAGUCAGCUCAUCACUUACAGAAAGAAUUAAAAAAAUAUUUACAUGCAUUAGAAGCACUAUCAGCAGCAAGUAAAUCAUUUUAUUCAGCAGUAGAAGAAACAUACGAGGCAGAAUGGACAGAAGAAAAAAAUUUCAGCGAAAAUUUAAAGACAUUAUGGGUAAAUUAUCUCUCCAGAUUACAUGAUAAAGUGGUUGAUCCUAUGUUAGCUUAUCAGGCUUCAUUCCCUACAUUAAAGGCUAAGAUAAAUAAAAGAGGUCGUAAAUUGAUGUAUUAUGAUAAUGCUAAACAUUCUGUUGAUGUUAUACAAAUGGCAAAGAAGAAAGAUGAGGCUAAAGUUCAUAAGGCACAUGAAGAUCUGUCGAAUGCCAAACAGAUAUAUCUACGUAUUAAUAAUGAGUUACAUCAAGAAUUACCAGACUUCCAUAACAGUAGAGUUACAUUCUAUGCUCAGUUGUUUGGAGAUUUAUUUGAUAUAGAAAAUACUUUCCACGGUGAAAUAGCCAAGGUAAAAAAUGAUGCACAAGAAGAUGUUAAAAUAAAUGGAAUACAAGAGGAUGAGAAAGUGAAUGAAGCAAAAGCAGACGCUAAAGAAAAUGGGACAGGAGGUCAACCAGAUGUACCCGAUUAUCCCCCACCUGAACCACCUGCUGAAGAUAAUACUCAUAUAACACCUUCUGAAACACCUGAAGAUCAUCAUGAUGAUGUUAAUGUUUAUGAUGAACCCAAAAGCCCAAAACCAAAAGAAGAAGAAAAAGAAGAUGUUAAGGAGGUAACAGAAGAAGAAUCAAAAAAAGAAGAGAAGCCAGUUUAUAAAAGUCCUGCUUCUAAUCAACCAGUUAAAGAAGCUCCACCAAACUUACUUUAUCAGGUACAAGCAACACAUCCAUAUAAUGGUGAGGAUGUUGAUGAACUAAGUUUUGAUACAGGAGAAUUUAUUUGGGUAAUACCAUAUGAAAAUGAAGAGGAACAGGAUGAUGGUUGGGUAAUGGGUAUAAAACAGUCAGAUGGUGUGAAAGGAGUCUUCCCUGAAAACUUUACUCGUAAAUUACAACCAUGA